AUGGUCAAUGAACAGCCUGUUAUCAGUACCGUUUGGAACCCAAAGCAUAAUCCACAGGCUCCAGCAAAAAUAGGCAAAUGUGAUCAAUACAUUACCCAAACGAAAAAGACUGAUGAUGUCAAUUUUCCUUUCAUUGGCUCAUUCUCACCAAAUGGUAGCUUAAAUUUGACCAAUGAUGAUGAUGAUGAAAAAGGGCUACCAAGAUUUAUUUUUAUUUACAUGAGUAUCAUAGAUCCAACUGCUAUUGUCCUGAAUGAGACCUCCCAGAAAACUACAGUUAGAAUGACUGCAUAUGAUUCAGAAUAUGAUCAGGUCGAUGCUCAAAGUAGAAAAUCUUCCAAUGCAUUCAUUGAAUCACUUUUCAGCAUGAAUAAAUAUGCUUUAUCGAAAAACUAUGUAUACAGGCUGGAAUUUUUAAGAAAGAUCAGGAAAACACAGAUUAAAACGGUUUUUGCUUAUAUUGGAUUCCCAUCAUCCUACGACCAACAAUCUUACAUUGAAUCAAAUAUACAGGCUAUUCCUAUAAACUCUCCCAGUAUGUAUUAUGUGACUGUAAGGAUCGGCCCACGCUGCUUCUACGAAAUUGUAGAACAAGAACAGAGCACCACUAGUAUAAUGAACAUAUUGGGAACUAUUGCUGCCUAUUAUAGAGUCGAUUCAAUGAAACCCUGGGGUAUUAUACAUAAUGGAUGUUGUGGCAUCAGAAGAUUCAAAGAGCACACCGAAAUAAAACUCUCGCAAUUUGUGAAUUUGCCUAGCACAAAUGCUGAUUCAGUAAGAAUCUCACAAGCAGUCAGAGAUUUGGAAGGAUUUAGGCAUUUCCUUGAAAGUAAUGUAAUUGACACUUCCAUAGAUUUAAAGCCAACAAAAUAA